CUCUCUUAACGGCAUCACCAUGUGCCUGUCACCGUUAACAGAGUCAGGACCACAUGUUACGGUAACCGCUUCGUUUAAUCUUCACCGUCCGAUCAAAUCGCUCCUUUUUCUUGUUUUCCGUAUUUGCCCCUACUCUCUCUCUCCUCGCGUCUGAUUUUUAUAGCAGCGGAAGUGGUGCGCUCAAAAGAAAUUGAGCUUUAUGCCUUUGCAGGCGUAUGUUGAUCACACAUAUAAAUAUAUAUACACACACCAGAAUUCACACAAACAAACUCACUUUCUCCGAUUUUUUGAAUUAUAGCAGAAUAUAUGUACAGGGGUAGGGAGAGAGAUGGGGGAAUUCUUGAAGAGAAGUGAGAGCGUGAGGAUAAAGUGUAGAGCGACGGAGGAAGAUAUGCUGUUGAAUUUAAGCAAGAAGAGGAAGGUUUACUCUAAGCUCGAAAAUGACAGCUGCGGCGAGGAAGAAUUGGCGGAGAAUUCAGUGUCGCCCGCGGUGUCUAGGACUUCAAGUUGUUCUAAGCAUGAGAACUCAACCGACGUCGUAAAGAUGAGUCCUAGUUCGCCAGAUCUGGAGAAUGCUGGUUCGCACUCCGAGGGUUUCGAAACGGAAAUUUCCACGUCCACCGGACGCGUUUUCAGUAGAGAGGCGACUCCAACUAGCGAGCUCUACGGAGACUCGGAGCAUGUCCUAUUGCAGCAAUCGCCGUCGACCACGUCAAAGAAAAAAUCAUCUCCGCCUCCGACGGCUCUCCGCCGCAAAAGUCUGAAUUCCGUGGCGGAAAACAUGCCAUCGGCGGCGGAAUUGGAGGCGUUCUUCGCGGCGGCGGAAAAGUACGAACAGAAACGAUUCGCUGAAAAGUACAACUAUGAUAUUGUAAAGGACGUUCCAUUGGAGGGCAAGUAUCACUGGGUUCGUUUACUGCCUUAAAUGAAACCACCACCAAAACAAGAAAGAAAGCAUCUUAUGAUUUCCUCUCUCUUUUUCUUUUUUCUUUUUCCCUGUUUAAUUUUUGUUUUCGUUGGUGGGGUUAGAUUAAAUUAAUUCACUCAUUCAAGAAGAGAGGGCAUUCGACAUUUUCUAACAUCGAAAUCGAUCUGGCUCGAUAUGUAUAGCAAUUUCCCAAAUUCAUGUAAAGAAGCUAGAGUUCUCUUAAUGCAAAAUCAAGCUUUUUCUAGUA